AUGAAGCCUGUUCCCUUGAUCCUGCUCCUUGCCACUGUUCUCCUCAGCUCUCACAUCCCCCCCAGUGUCUGUCGACCACGGGACCUGGCAAUGUUCGACGGCCACGGCUACAAGAGUCAGCUGGAGGAGGUGUUGCUGAAGGCUGGUGAUAACGCAGUUUCCUACCUUAUAGGAGAAAAGAUACUGAGGUAUUUGCAAAGAAAUCCCCGGUUGCAGGCAGGUCUCCCGCCACAGUUUCCCUUUGAGGUGACGCCCCUGGGCACGAGGGGUCUUGGUCACCUGGCGCGCAGUUUGCCGCCCUUGGAGGAGCAGCGCGCGCUUGAGGAGGGCAACAGCCUGGAAGACUUCGUGGAGCUGACCAAGAGAAACGAUGACCCCCCAAUUUCAAUCGACCUCACUUUCCACCUUCUGAGAAAUAUGAUCGAAAUGGCGAGGAUCGAGAGCCAGAAGGAGCAAGCGGAGUUAAACCGCAAGUAUCUGGAUGAAGUUGGAAAGUGA